GCCUCUCAGGUCACAGUGUGAGGGUCUGGGUUGCGCCUAGUCAAUAUGGGAUCUACAUUAUCCAUCCGACGGACACAAUAUUCCGUUGAAGACGUCUCUCCGUCCACCAGGUCUCCUCACUCCGCUCCUAGCCCCCCAUGGGAUGGCGUGGUUUCUACAGAGCAUAUAUGGAGGUCAAAUCCCCGAGUUCAUUGCUGCCGGGCACUUCCUUCUAUCCUUCGUUGUUGUCCUUGUGGUGUAUCCCCUAGCCCAUCAUGCGUUUCUCACUAUUGCUCGCCGCCGUGACGGCAGGGCUUGCUGUUGCUGCCCCCGUCGAAAAGCGGGCGAAGAGGUUUAAGUUCUUCGGUGUCAACGAGUCCGGGCCUGAGUUUGGCAACAAGAACCUUCCCGGAACCCUGAACAAGGACUACGUGUGGCCGACUCUGAGUACCGUUGAUACAUUCAUGAAUGCUGGGUUCAAUACCUUCCGCAUCAACAUCAUGAUGGAACGUAUUGUCCCGAACCAACUGACAAACUCGCUGGAUCAGGCGUACUUCCGUGACAUGGACAACACUGUUAAGUACAUCACCAACAAAGGCGCCUACGCUAUGAUUGUUCCCCACAACUACGGCCGCUACUACGACAAGAUUAUCACCGAUACCGCAGGAAUGAAAGCGUUCUGGAAGACGCUCGCUACCCCAUACAAGGACAAUGCGAAUGUCAUCUUUGACACCAACAACGAGUUCCACGAUAUGGACCAGAGCCUCGUCGUACAACUGAACCAGGCCUCCAUCGACGGCAUCCGCGCAGCAGGCGCUACCAAGCAAUGGAUCCACGUCGAAGGCAACAACUGGAACGGGGCUUGGACCUGGACUUCUAGCCAGAAUGGAGCCACCAUGGGUGCCUUGACGGACCCGAACAACAUGAUCGUGUACCAGAUGCAUCAGUAUCUCGAUAGCGAUGGCAGCGGCACGCACGCCGAGUGUGUGUCUUCGUCGAUCGGCCAAGAACGUCUCGUGCAGGCCACGCAAUGGCUCAAGCAGAACCAGAAGGUCGGCUUCAUCGGCGAAUUCGCCGGAGGUGCGAACUCGCAGUGCCAGACCGCGAUCAAGGGAAUGCUCGACUACAUGGCGCAGAACUCCGAUGUCUGGCAGGGCGCCUUGUGGUGGGCCGCUGGACCUUGGUGGGCGGACUACAUGUACAGCAUCGAGCCGACGUCCGGUGCGUCCUACAAGUAUUACAUGAGCACUCUCCAAACCGCGUCGUAGAUGACGAAGAGCGAAGGUGCCGCAGAGACCACGGAAAGUCGAGAGAUCCAGACCUAGGGAAGGAAUUGGAGAACGUCUUUGUAAAAGCCCUAUGAUUACUUGUACAUAUCUACACGAAGUGAAGAAAAGUCAUGUUGUACAUAGUUUGAAUCAUGACGCUUACUUGGCGCUCGAUCUGAUCUCUGCUCGCCUUCUCUCUGCUUCGGCGGCUAGAGCAUCCCGUUCAUCCCUCAAACGCUGGGCAUUCUCUUCUGCCCGCUUUUUCUCCAUUUCCUUCUGCACAACCCAGACUAUCCAAAUCAGCAUUGGUCCAACACGGGCAAAAGGCUA